AUGAAUGAACCAUGUGCAUCUCAGAAAUGUGAACAUUUGUAUUCAUCAGAUUUAAAUAAUGAGAAAGGACAAAAUAUUCAUUAUAAGAACUUCGAUGAUAAUAACUGUAUUGAUAAAGAUCUUCAAAUGUAUGAUAAAAGUAUAACUGUUGAAAUAGAAAGUGAUCAGGAAUAUUCUAAUAAGAGAAGUAAAUGUGAUAAUGAAUAUUCCAAACAAAGUACCUUAAGCAUAGAUAAUAAUGAAUCAGAAAAUGUACAGGAAUAUACUUUGAAAACUAAAGGUUUGUGUAUAGAGGAGAAGAACAUUAAUAAAGAGAUAAAGAAAAUAAAACAAGCAGAUGAUUUUAUUUUUUAUAAAAAUGAAUUAAUGUUGGAUAAGAGUAUUAGUGACUAUGAAGAGAAUGUAGAAGAUAUGAAUACACUCACUAAUUUUGAUUAUUCUGAAAAUGUGGAAAAUGAAAAAGAAGAAAAUACUGAAAACAAAAUAGGUAAUGUAUGUUAUUCAAAUUAUAUAAAUGAGAAGGAAAACGAUGAUUUAUAUGAAAAUAUUAAGGAUACAAAUGUAAAUGAAUUAUAUAAUGAAAAUAAAAAAAUGAACAUAAAAGAUACAAACAAAGGGGAGAAGGACAAAGUAGUUAAGAAUCAUUUCCUGAAUGAUAAAGAAGAUGUAGUAAUAUCGAAUGAAGAGAGGCAACAAAAUAUUGAUGUUUUAACAGAGAAUUAUGAUGAAAAUUUAGAAAACAAUUUAGAUAUGAAUUGGAAUAAAUCCCAAAUAAAAACAUGCAUAAGGAUUAAACCUUCAGAUAAAGCUGAAUGUGAAUUUGGAAAAGCUAUUACACAAAUAGGAACAAAUAAAAUAUUAAUAAAUUAUGAGGUAACAGAUGAAAUUCGAAAGAGUGAAUUUUUGAUUGACAAAGUAUUUAAUGAAGAAAGUACACAAAAUGAUGUUUGGAAAAGUAUUUGUUUUUGUGUUGAUUCACUUUUUCAUUUUAAAAAUACAACUGUAUUUGCUCAUGGACAUACAGGUACGGGGAAAACGUAUACGAUGAUAGGUCCUGAUAUUAUGGAGUUGAUUAAAAAGAAAAAGAAAAAAAUUCGAUUUCCCAUAAGAAGAAUUCCACCUAAUGAAUAUUAUCCAAAUAUACAUAGUAUAAAAUUUUUAAAUAAUAAUAGUAGUAAUAAUAAUAGUAAUAAUAUUAUGUAUGAUAGGAAAAGAUCAUGUUCUCAACCUAUAUCUCAUUUAUUACCUAGGACAAUAAUGCCUUUAGUAAAUACCAAUUCAGGUAGUUGUAAAAAAGGAAAUGAUACCUCACAUAAUAAUAAUAUAUCAUAUUGCAGAUAUAACAAUAAAAAUAACAUGGAGUGCUUUAAUGAAACUAGUUAUACAACAAAAUAUGAAAAUUAUAAAACUUUUGCAGAGUAUAAAAAUGAGUAUAAAUAUAAUGGAAAAGAUUUAAUUGAGGAUAUACGAUAUGUUUUAAAUUCGAAGAACAAAGGUAUGAUACCUAGAGCUUGUGAAGAAAUAAUGAAUCGAUUAACUUCUAUAAAAUUAUCAUACGAUAAUGUAAGUAAAUUAAAAGAAAAUACAAAUAAAGAUAAUACAAAUAAAGAAAAUACAAAUAAAGAUAAUACAAAUAUAUACAUGAAAGAUGAAAAAAAGAAAGAGAUUUUUAAAGAUGUGAAGGUAUAUGCAUCUUAUAUGCAGUUAUAUAAUGAUAGAAUAUUUGAUUUAUUAAAUCCGUAUAAUGAGUCAGCACCGUAUCUAAGUACACAAAAGUCCAAAUAUGUGGGUAAUAAUAAUAACAACAAUUACAAUGUUAGUAAUAUGAAUUGUAAUAAUAAUAAUUACAGCUGUGGGAAUGGGGCUUUUGUGUCAGGUUUACUGACAGUCGAAGUUAAUAGUUGUGAAGAAUUAAUUGAACUUUUGAUAGAUGGGACUAGUAACCGAGCUUGUCGAAUUACUAAAACCAAUGAAAUGUCAACACGAUCACAUUCAAUAUAUAAAAUCGAAUUAAGAUACACGAAUAAUUCAAAAUUUGAUCAUGUGAAGUCAGGUAAUUUAUUAUUAAUCGAUUUAGCUGGUAAUGAAAAAUAUGCUGCAUCUAAUGAGAAAUUAUAUUCCACAGAAGUGUGUUCUAUAAAUAAAAGUUUAUCUGCAUUAUCAUUAUGUAUAAAUGAAUUAUCUAAAGGUAACAAGAAUAUUAGUUAUCGAAAUUCUAUAUUGACUAGAUUACUUCAAGAUUCUUUAGGAGGUUCAAGUAAAACAGUUUUUAUUUGUACUAUAUCUUCAUCUAUGAAAAAUGCACGCGAAACCUUAUCUUCUUUAAAAUUGGUAUCGAAGGCAAGAAAAAUCCCAUUAGGGAACAAAAACUAUAAUUCUCAUAUGUAUGAAGAGGAUAUAAAAAAAUUAAAAAGAGAAUUAUAUUUUUUGAAAAAGUUUGUUUUUUUUCAAUAUAUUACCAAUAAGUAUGAGAGCAAAAAAAGGUUACAAAAUAUAAAAGAGUUUUAUUUGUAUAAUUUUCUAAAUUCAAAAAAAGAAGAAAAGGAUAUUAAUGAUAUAAAGAAAAGGGAACAUAUGGAUAGUAUUUUGCAUGAUGGUUAUCAUGAUGAAGAGGAGGAGGAGGAGGAAGAGGAAGAUGGCUGUAAAUCAAAUGAGAAGUUCAACAAUGAUAAUAGUAUACCAAAGGAUAAAAAUAAAUAUGGUAUUUAUAAAGAUAAAGUUAAGUUUGACGUCAAUAAAAUUAUGAAUACGUUUAAAGGUAUAGAAAAAAUCUACAGCGAUUAUGAAUUUAAAUCAUUUAGUUCUUUAUUGGCACAAUGGAAUGUUAAUAAAUGUAGCAUUAAAAAGGCGAAAGAUAAAUUAUGCAGUGUGAACAAAAAAAAGAAAUAUUUGUGGUUUUAUAAAAAUGGAAAUAUGAAUAAAAGGAGUAUUUUGAAUUUUAUAGAGACGCACACUAUAGAUUAUGAAAUAGAAGAGGAAGAUGAGGAAGAAGAAGAUGAUAAUGAAGGUAUAAAUGAGGAUAUAAAUGAGGAUGUAGAGGAAGAUAUAGAGGAAGAUGUAGAGGAAGAUAUAGAGGAAGAUAUAAAGGAAUAUAUAAAGGAGGAUAUAAAGGAAGAUAUAAAGGAAAUGAAAAAGGAACUUCAAAAAGAACUCAAAAAUGGGGAUAAAAGCUUAAAAGUAAUGAACAACGAAAAUGAUGAAUAUGAUGAAUUAUCUGAUGAACAUUAUUAUUAUGAUGAUGACCCUGAAGAAGAUAGCAUAGAAGAGGCUGUGGACGAAGAAGAAAAUAUGAAGAAUGGUAUAAAUUAUCAUAAUGAACAGACGGCUAACGAUUAUAGUGAUACAGAAGUUGAUAAUAAUAUGAAUGAUAAUAAAUAUGAAAAAGAAUCAAUGAACAAAAAAAAAGAAUACUAUAUUAAUAAUGCAUGUAAAUAUAAUAAAUGUGUGGAAAAUAGAAAAGAAAUGUAUAUAAAGAAAAGGGAAGGAUUGUUAAAAGGGGAAGGGAAAAACAUUGGUAUAAAUAAUAAUAUUAAUAAUGAAAAUGAUGAAAUUGCAAAUGUAUUGAAUAAGGAUGAUGUUAAUGCGAUAAGGGAUACGUACAAAAAUAUGAAAGAUGAAUAUUUUGAUUUACUUCAGAAUGAUACUAAAAGUUUAAUACAAAAGAAAAAGGAUGAUCAUGAAAAUAAGAAAGAAAAAAUAAAUGAAGAUUUGAUGAAAAGUAUGAGUGUAGGAGAAAGAAAGGAAAGUAGUAAGAACAACAAAAAGGAAUAUGAUAUCCCUUUGAGUAAUAAUAAGUAUGAUUGUAAAUUAUUAGAUAAAAAAAAGAAAUUAAUAAAUUCCAAGAAAAUAAAAAAAAUUAAUGAUGGUGAUGAAAUAAAAUCUAGAACAUCUUUGAAGGAAGAAAAAGAAAAAAAGAAAGAAACAAAUACCAAUAAUAGUUGUGUGUUAAAUAAUAACUGCCACAUAUCUGAUUUCACUAAUUUUAGUAGCAGGAAGAAUUUUAUUAACAAUGUCGGAAUAAAUAAUUUGGUGAUUAAUAAGAUAAAUAAUUUUCAUCAUAUAAAAGGAUACACAUGUGAUAAAAUGAAUAGUAAAAAAUGUACGAAUGAUAAUAAUAAAAUUAUGUGUGAAGGGUUAAGAGGGGAUAGUAAGUAUCCUAAAAGUGGAAAUAAUAAAUAUUAUGAUGAUAAACAUAUUUAUGUUGAUCACAAUACAUAUAAUUUAUUAGAUAGAGAACGGUCGGUAAGCGAAAAUUUUUCCUAUAGCAACUUAAAAAACAAAACGAUCAUUGGAAAAAAUUUUAAGGAUACGUUUUCUUAUUAUAUUGAAUUUGAUAAAUAUAACAGUGAUGAUCAUAAGAAUUAUGAUAUAAUUAAAAAUUGUACACAUGGUAAAAUGAUAAGAGAUACAAGAAAGGAUGAAGAGAAUAAUGUUCCUGACAGUAAUAAUUUUUCGGUAUGCUCUGAAAGAUUAAAAGACUGGAGGGAAGAUAAAAAAGAUGGCACACAAAAAAUAUAUGUGAAGAAAAAGGUGACUAAGAACCAACUUAUAAAUGAAAUUGAAAAGAGCUGGUUAACAUUUGAAAAAAAAUUAGAAAAUAAAUUAAAUUUGAAAAAAAAGUAUAUAAUAAAAGAAAUAGAUGAAGGGAGAAAAAUAAAUGAUGAUGUAAAUAAUGGUAUGGAUAAUAUUAGUGCAUUGGAAGAAAAUAAGAAAAAGCUGGAACAUUUGAAGAAUAGAUAUGGACAAAUGUUGAGGGAUUCACAAAAAAAAAAGAAUAAUAUUAAGAAAGAGUAUUAUAAUGAUAAAAUGGAUAUGGAUUUAAAUGAGAGUGAUAAAUGUAAUGGUGAUAUACAUUAUGGAGGAUAUUAUAAUGAUAAUAAUAAUAAUAAUAAUAAUAAUAGUAAUAAUUAUAUAUAUAGUAAUAAUUGCUAUACACAUUCUGGUAAAUAUAAUUAUAAUAAUACUCAUCAUCAUAAUGAUAACGAAAAGGAUAGUAGUUCGAAAACUUUUUUUUAUAUAAACGUAGAAAAGAAAGACACAGAUGCUUUUCAUUUAUUACAUAAGGUAUAUAAUAAAAGCAGAAAGGACGAAGUAAUAUAUGAUAUAAAAGAAGAGGAUAAUAAUAUAAAUGUAUCACAUAAUGUAGUACAUAAUAAUGUGAAUACAUGUUUGGAAAAUUAUUAUAUGAACCGUUAUAAAUCGGAUAAAUUAAAUCAAAAUCAACAAACAGAAUUAGUAUAUGGUAGGAAUCCAUAUGGAAGUACCAAAAUGCAUAAGAUGAAUUUUUUUUAUUUAAAUGACAAUAAAAAUAUAACUCUUUCCAAAAAUGUGGAUACAAAAAAAAAAAGUGUUGAAAAGAAUGAUUAUUUGUUAAUAAAUGAGAAUAAAAGGAAUUAUGUGAAUAAUUUGAUUCCUUAUAAUCACGUGGGUAGUAGGGAUAAUGGUAUAAACAAAAGGAAUCACAUUGGUGAUAUAAAUGACAAGUAUCAACUUAAGGAACACGUUCAUUACAUGAAAACUAAUCAACAUAAUCAUAUGAGUAAUAGGAAGAGUAAUAUAAUUUAUGGUAAUAAUGUAAUUCCAAAGGAUAGUCACGAUACCAGUGUAUUAGUAUCACCAAUUCAAAAUAGUCAUAAUAAAACCAGUGCUUUUAUUUGUAUGCCAAAUUAUAGAUCCAUUAGGAAGUUUGAAUAA